GGGGGAGCGAUGGAGUCCGUGUUGAGCCUCACGUCGACAUAAAUGAAAUAAUCAGUUCUAAUCUGUAAACAUCUGAGAUAUUUGUUCGUGUCCGCGCUGAGCUGCAGUUUCCUGAACAGCAGCAGCAUCAUGUUGGCCAGAAAGGGCCUCCUGCCGGACGGCUUCCUGCUGACCCGUCUAGCCGAGGACCAGAACCAGCCGAACCGCAGCCGCUCCAAAUCUCAGCGAGCCCGCUUCAUCACCAAGACCGGAUCCUGCAACGUGGCUCACAAAAACAUAAGGGAGCAGGGUCGGUUCCUGCAGGAUGUUUUCACCACCAUGGUGGAUCUGAAGUGGCAGCACUCCCUCCUCAUCUUCACCUCGGCCUUCCUCUGCUCCUGGAUGCUCUUUGCUAUGAUCUGGUGGCUCCUGGCCUUUGCCCAUGGAGACCUGGAGCCUCGUGACCCCUCCAGCGAGCCUGGCCCUGUCCCCUGCGUCACUGCCAUCCACUCCUUCACCUCCGCCUUCCUCUUCUCCAUUGAAGUCCAGGUGACCAUCGGUUUUGGUGGCAGGAUGGUGACGGAGGAGUGUCCUCUGGCCAUCACCGUGUUGAUCAUCCAGAACAUUUUAGGGCUCAUCAUCAACGCCGUGAUGCUCGGCUGUGUCUUCAUGAAGACGGCCCAAGCCAACCGGCGAGCAGAGACGCUCAUCUUCUCCAGAAACGCCGUCAUUGCUCCUCGAAACGGCCGGCCCACCUUCAUGUUCCGAGUCGGAGACCUGAGGAAAAGUAUGAUCAUCUCUGCCACUGUCCAGCUGCAGGUGAUCCGGCGGACAGUGACGGCUGAGGGCGAGGUGAUCCCGGUGUGUCAGCUGGACAUCCAGGUGGAGAACCCUCUGAGGAGUAAUGGCAUCUUCCUGGUUUCUCCUCUAAUCAUCAGCCACACCAUGGAGAGAGGGAGUCCUCUGUACGAGCUCUCCGCCCAGUCGCUGGCCUCCGAGGACCUGGAGAUCAUCGUCAUCCUGGAAGGUGUGGUGGAGACAACAGGGAUCAGCAUGCAGGCCCGGACCUCCUACACUCCCGAGGAGAUCCUGUGGGGGCAGCGCUUUGUCUCCAUCAUAACAGAGGAGGACGAUCGGUAUUGCGUAGACUACUCCAAGUUCGGCAACACAGUUCCCAUCCGGAUGUCGUCUCUCAGCGCCAAAGAGCUGGACCAGAUCAGAGGAGUCCAGGAGGGAGGGUCUGACAUCCAGCUGCAGGGAUGGGGGUUGGUCCGGGCCGGCAGAGGAGGUUUCCGCAGAGGAGGACGGGCCUGCGACAGCUCCACCCCUCAGCCCUGGUACACCCAAUCAGAGAAAGCAGAGAGAGAGGUGGACCAAAAAGGGCAGAAGAAGACGGUGCAUCUGGAGGUGAUUGGACGACAGAUUGAAGAGGACGGACUGGGAGACAUGAGCAACUGAAAACGGAAAAAGGCAGCGUCUGGAUUAUUGUACAGUAAACGAUCAUUUUAUCCACCUGAUCCCAGUCUCAUGACCUGAAUCACCUGUUUAAACUUCUACCUUUAAAGUCAGAGCAUCUAAAGGACUUUAUUCUUUAUUCUGUUAUAUUCUAUUAUACAUUUGGUAAUAAUGAUAAAAUACUAGAGCAGAGGUCAUGAUCAACAAAACCAACUGUCCUCUCAGUUUAUUACAGCUGAGCCGAAGCUUUGUCCUGUUCCAUUGUUGUUGUUAUCUCUCAGUGAUAAAAGACGCAAAGCUUCCAUC